AUGAAGUUCAUUGAGAAAGCAGAGGACAAAGCCAAGUCAAUUUCAGCCGCAGAGGCCUUGAUUAUUGUGGAGAGAAUCAGAAUAGACCGAGGCGUGGACAACAACGAAGCACUGCAGAGCAUUCUCCAGUAUCUCAGGAUGUGCGCCCCCUCUAAGAACUCGGUGUGGGCGGAAAGAGUGCGCAGAACCCUGAUGAAUGGAGGCCUGACAGAGUAUGAGGCGUCUCUGGUUAUUAAUUUGGGCCCAGAGAGACACACAGACGCAAAGUCUCUUAUUCCUUCUUUGAACAGGAUAGACAACUACACGCUCGACAUUCUCCUAAAUGAAAUAGGGGACAUUCCCACCGGAUGA